GAUAAUGAUCCUUAUAUUGUACGGUCUGAGUUUUUAUAUCCUAAAAUUGCACAGCGCUUGUAACACUGAAUUAUUUUUUAUUAUAUUAAGGACAUUGAAACAACCCCCCCCCCCCCCAAACAAUAUAAGUUUUUAUCAUGAUAUCAGUUCAGGUCAACGGUAGUAAAUCCUUUCUCUACCCGGAAGUAUCCUUCCAUCUAUUGUUUACAAAUAUGAAAUGGUCUAUCUGAAAUCGCACAAGGGUUAUGUGUGGUGUGACACAGGAAAUGGGGCCAUGUCACAGGCAAAAAAAAAAAAAAAGAUGUCUAUUCUGUGGAUAUUAAACACAGCAUUUUGACACAGCAUUUUGAAGAAGCCCAUCGCUGCUGACAGUCCUUUAAAAGGCACAGCUGGACGUUUGAAAUGGCCUACUACAUUUCGACCCAGGGGGAGCAAAAUUACUCUGGAUAGAGGAGAAGAGAGGUGAACCCAGAGAAUAGCACAGCGCUGUUUCCAGUGACAUACAUUUAUUCGUUUAGUGCAAUACUUCUUCAUGCAUGCCCAUACACAGACAAUCAUUGGUAACUGUAGUGAAGGAAGUGUCAAGAUCAUUUCCUAAUGCGCAAGUGAUGAUGGCAAAAUGGGCAGCCAAAGUGUUAAAAAUUGAGCAAUUUCACACCCAAAAAAUAGCACUUUUGAGCAAAAUUCCUUCCUGCCAUUCCGUCGCUGGAGCUCCACCAGACAGCUAAAUCCCCCCGUAAGCUUCAGAUGAAAUAUGGAGUCUGGAGAGCGGCUGGCCUCCCCUGCGCCCACCCUGUCUGCUGCGCGCACCUCCUCCCCUGCGGCCUCUUCCUCCUCAUCCUCCUCUUCCUCGUCGUCAUCUCCCGCUCCCCACUCAAAGAGCAGCCUGGCCCCGAGCCCCUCGGCUCUGGGUUCUGCCCUCAGCACCUCUGGCCGUCUGUUUGGAGCAGCUGGAGAGCAGCCCUUCAUUGGCUCCACAUUGUCAAGUGCCUUUCCUCUGGUGAACCACCCAGCCUUUGGGGCCCUCUACACUGCUGGAGUGAGCAGGCCGGAGUUUGGAGGACUUGGCUCCCUCGGCAUGUCAGCUACUCUGGCUGCCCACCCCCAGCUCGGAGCCUUGUCAGAGUGGUGGCGAGCUGCUGAAGCCCAUGGGCGAGGAGCUGCUGCCUUUCUUCCUUCUUUCAUAGGUUUCCCUCCGUUCUUUACCCCACACAUUCAGCCAAACCAUAGCGCCAGUCCUGUUCAGAUUAGAAUGCCCAGUAAGAAUAGCCAAGAACCACCUAAAGGGGUGAAUGGCGCAGUAAAUGGCAGCGGCGUCUGUCAACCCACAACGCAGCCUGGGAGCUUUUGUGUAAGUCCGAUCCCUGUUCAGGCAUCGACCAAUCCAACCAAAAAAGCAGAGCCCUCCAACAGUCCCUGUCAGAAUAGCCCAGCUAAGACAGUGGAAAAACCUGCUGCUCCAAAAACUAAGGAAAGGAGGCAACGUAAAAAGGCAGCAGAGGCUCCUGGACUAAGUAACAGUGAAACAGGCACAUCUUCAGACAGCUCAAGCGACGGGUCCCUCAGCAGUGAUUUGGAGGACCUCGCGGAGGAUGAUGAAGAAGACGAUGAUGAAGACGAGGACGAUGACUUAUCAGACUCUGAGAAACCGAUAAAGAAGAAAUCAAAGGUUCUGAUACCAGUCGCUGGAAAGACAGACUUUGUGGUCCACACAGCAGACGCCCAGGGGAACCACAUCCAAACAGCCCCCCCCAACCCUCCAACCCUCAUUCCCAUAGCCCAUUCCGUGUCUCCCCCAGUCCUGUCCCAAAGCUCACCACUGGCUAUACACUCUUCCAGAUCCAGACCAGAACAACACUUCAGUGUGAUCCAGUCCACUGGCCUGGCUGCCAACUCAAAGUCCCUGGCACUCCUCAGCCAGCCCCACAGGGAGUCCUCGCCGUCUUCCUCCCCCAUCGCCCUCACCCACUCUCCAAAUGCACUCACCAGCUCCGUGUCUCCCAAACGUCCCAAACUGCUGCCGUCCUCUUCGUCCCCUCAGCACUUGCCCCUCUCCCUUUCCUCCUCCCCCAAGCCUGUUUCGGUGCCCUCCCCCCCAUGCUCGGCCUUCCCGCUGUCUACCUCCCCAAAGGAUUUCACUUUGACCUCAUCUGUAACUAGCCCCCACAAGUCCUCACUGAAGCCACCUCACUACGCUGCUGCGGGCAGUGCCAAAGCAAACAACAGGAGGAAACUGCUUGAAGACUCACUUGCACAGAUCAAUGAGUUCAGACUGAAACAGACUCUCAUGUCCCAAGGACAGACGUUCCCAGCCGAGCCAAGGAAGCAGGGGCCGAACAAGUCUCCCAAGGGGAUGUCUCUGUCUUCUCCGUUGCCACCCGCUUUGCCUCCUCCACCCCAGAACAAUCACUCCAACCUCUUCCUCUCGAGCGCCCUGCUCGGGCUUCCUGAACCUAAUCACCCCAACGGAGUCAUCCAAAGCACCACUCAGGACGCACCUUUGGCCCUCAUCACCAAACCUCGCAAAAACUCUGCCUCUCAAGGCAAGUCCCCUCAGUGUGACUCUGAUGGUGGGUCAAUGCCUGUCAAUCUUAGCACAGGGGCGAGUAGGACCCAAACAAGCUCCCAGGCUGGUCUUGCGUCGCAGCCACCUACUACCUCACCUCAUGCCGCGAGCUAUGGCUCCAGAAAGAUCAAGAACCCAAAGGGGAAGGGACAGACGCCAAACCUGACACAAGGACCGGGACAAACAGGGCCUUUAGCAAACUGGAAAGGCUUCUCUCAGAACCAUUUGGUACAGUCUUUAGUCGAUUUGUUUCGUGGAGGAGAGUCGGGGAUCGGGAUCCCGGGAGUCGGUAUCCCCGGUGUUGGCAUUCCUGGGGUGGGAAUUCCUGGUAAUUGUAACCCUGCGGCCGGUCUCCCCGCUAACAAGGAAUCUGACGACUCAGGCGACGAUGACGAUGAUGAUGAUGAUGACCUUGAAGAGGAGGAAGAAGACGAUGAUGACUCUGACGACAGCUUGUCAGAGUCAGACAGCAACUCAGACAGUGACAUCUCUGGAAAGAAAGUCAAGGAGUCCUGGUCGCUGUCAUCCGGCUCGUCAAAGAAGGAAACAACUCCCCGCGGGCAAACCAAAGGCCCAGAACUACUGAACACCUCAGCCAAUCACACAGCCACCAGCUGCUCCCCUCUCAAUCUCCAGGUCAUCAAGACGCCCACUAUUGUCACCAGCUCCAGUGCCUUGGCCUAUCACAGCUCUCCUGGCUCCUCCUCCUACAGCCUAGCCUCUCCAUUAGGUUUAGGAAAGAGAAAGCGUGUGAUGGAUGAGAAGGAUUUGAUGACACCUCUGGAGUUGGGGUGGCGGAGAGAAACGAGAAUCAAAAACGUGUCAGGGCGGCCUCAGGGGGAUGUAGCCUACUACGCACCAUGUGGCAAGAAACUGAGACAAUACCCAGAUGUGAUGAAGUAUCUAUCCAGAAAUGGAAUAAGUGGCAUCACGCGUGAUAAUUUUAGCUUCAGUGCAAAGAUCAGGGUUGGUGACUUCUAUGAAGCCAGAGAAGGACCCCAGGGUUUACAGUGGAACCUGUUAAAGGAAGAGGAAGUCAUUCCUCACAUUUUGGCAAUGGAAGGCCGGCGGGGUCGUCCCCCCAAUUCAGAACGUCAGUUAGCUGGCGACAGUGCCAAAGCUAAUCGGCGGAGGAAAGGUCGACCCCCGAAUGUGGGCGAUCCCUUGGUAACGGAAGGUCCCAGCCCCAGUGAGGUCAAACUCCUGCGCAAAUUAGAAGCUCAAGAAAUAGCCCGACAGGCAGCCCAGAUGAAACUGAUGAGAAAACUAGAAAAGCAGGCACUGGCACGUGCCGCCAAAGAAGCUCGGAAACAGCAAGCUAUCAUGGCGGCAGAGGAGAGACGGAAGCAAAAAGAGCAGAUCAAGAUUCUUAAGCAGCAGGAAAAGAUCAAGCGUAUUCAGCAAAUUCGGAUGGAAAAAGAACUCAGGGCACAGCAAAUUUUGGAGGCCAAGCGAAAAAAGAAAGAAGAAGCAGCCAAUGCCAAAAUAUUGGAGGCUGAAAAGCGAAUAAAGGAGAAGGAGCUGAGGAGACAACAGGCGGAGAUCCUGAAGCACCAGGAGUUGGAGAGGCAUAGACUAGAUAUGGUAUGGGAGAGAGAAAGGAGGAGGCAGCAUGUAAUGCUGAUGAAGGCCGUUGAGGCUCGCAAGAAAGCAGAGGAGCGCGAGCGCCUGCGGCAGGAAAAAAGGGACGAGAAACGUCUCAACAAAGAGCGCAAGCUGGAGCAACGCAGGCUGGAGUUGGAGAUAGCCAGAGAGCUGAAGAAGCCAAAUGAAGACAUGUGCCUGUCGGAUCAGAAGGCUCUACCUGAGUUCUCCAGAAUUCCCGGGCUGAUCCUUCCAGGCCGUGCAGUGUCUGACUGUUUAAUGCUGAUGCAGUUCUUGCGAGGAUUUGGAAAAGUUUUGGGCCUGGACUUGAAUGUUGAUGUCCCAACACUGGGUAUGCUACAAGAGGGCUUGCUCAAUGUGGGCGAUAGCAUGGGUCAAGUCCAAGACCUCUUGGUCAAACUACUGUCUCUGGCAGUCUGUGAUCCUGGUUUGCCUCCUGGACAAAAGACAAAGACCAUGCUGGGGGACCAUUUGACCAACGUUGGCAUAAACCGGGACAAUGUGUCUGAGGUGCUGCAGAUGUACAUGGGGGCCCAUUGUGCCAAUACUGAUCUCGCCCCUCUAGCCCUCAGUCUGAAGACCAAGGCUUUCCAGGCACACACGCCUUCCCAGAAAGCCUCCAUCCUGGGAUUCCUGGCAAACGAGCUGGCUUGCAGCAAAGUCGUUAUCAGUGAAAUUGAUAAGAACCUGGAGCAGAUGGCAAACAUGAGGAAAGACAAAAUUAUCAUGGAGGGGAAGCUUAAGAAAUUGAGAGCCAUUUAUGCCAAACGCACUGGGAAGAGGGAGGCCAGUGUGGGUGUGGAAGAGAACCAGUCUUUCGGUACGCCAUCUUCGGCUGUCAAACGCAAGAGGAAACUUGGUGGUGACAGUGACGACGAUGACGACGACGACGAUGACAGUGACGAUCCGGCUGAUGACGAUGAAGAUGAGGAUGAAGAUGACUUUAAGAAGAUUAAAAAAGUGGAAACAUAUGAUGAGGAUGAAGUUGACCAAGCCACUAGCGUGGAGGAGCUAGAAAAGCAGAUAGAGAAGUUAGCUAAGCAACAUCACCAGACAAGGAGAAAGCUGUUUGAAAUAUCCCACUCACUGCGCUCUAUGAUGUACGGCCAAGAUCGUUACCGCCGUCGAUACUGGGUACUUCCCCACUGUGGAGGGGUCUUUAUUGAAGCCAUGGAGAGUGGAGAAGCGCCAGAGGAACUAGAGGAGGAGCGACAGAGGCGGAGAAGAGCAGCAGAAGAAGUCAAAGUCAAAGAUGAACCUCAGGAGAUUGAACUGGAGAAGGACGAACCCGCCUCACAUUCUGGCCUCCCACAUGGCUUGCAACAACAGAAGGAAGAGGAAGAAGACAAUGAGCGGAAGGACUCUCCAACCACCUUCUACCAACAGCAAGGUUAUGUGUCUCAAAUUUGCCCAGAUGCCCCCAGAGAAAUGAUGAAGGCGGAGGACCAGGCGAGCCCUCACGUUGGACAGAAUGGCAACCAUACGUGUUCUCCUAUUGCCACAACUACCGUGACGUCAUACUCCCCCUCUCAGAAUACCUCCGAGCUGGCCGCUGCAAAAACCGCUGUGAUAGUCGGUCAUGACACUUCAAAUGUCCCCGGCCCAAUCUCAACCUCCCUAUCCGCCCGGUGCCUGCCGGCCCUGCGUGAAAGCCCGGGCAACUCUCCUCCGGCCUCUUCCCCAACACCAUCCCAACAACUCUCUCUCCAGCCCAACGACCAGCUGCUUCGGGUUCUAACUGAGAGGAGCGGACACUGGUUCAGCCUGCUCCCUCGCAACCCCUGCGACCUUUCUUCCCUGACGACGACCGCGCCCGGGACGCUUGAUGCCACUCCUCAGGCGUCCUCCACACCAAGCAAGCCCAGAUCUCCUCCAGCGUCACCUGCACUCCCUCUCACUCCCUCUGCGGCGUCAGCCUCGGUCAGCCCGCACCACCCGGGCGGCCUCCUCACCUACCCUCUCUCAGCACUGCAGGCAAAGUCGGGCAUUUCAUUACUGGGAGUAUCUUUGGGGAGCUGGUCGAGUGGCAUGAUAAGUCCCAGCUUGCCUCUGUGCAGCAGCCCCAGUCCCAUGUUGGGUCACUCUGUUGAGGGCAACACGGCAGCAAGUGUGUCCAGUAAGAGUGAAUCACCUCUACCUCGCAUUGAGAAAAGUUCAUCCAUGCCCUCUCCUCCUACUGUGGAGAUUCCGAAAUCUCUUGACCACCACACACCCCGGCCUAUCCCAGAGGACAUGUUGACUGGUUGGUGGCGUAUCUCUGACAUAGAGGAGCUGCGCGCGCUGGUCGUUGCUCUCCACAGCCGAGGUAUCAGGGAGAAAGGCCUCCAGAGGCAGGUGCAAAAAUAUAUUGAGAUCAUCCCUCAAGUCUGCAUUAAACACAAGGAUGUGGCCAUGAUCGAGUUGCGGGAGCUAGAGGAGAGCCAGGUCAGUGUGGAGUCGGUACGAGGCUGGUGCGUGGAGGAGCAGGCCAUGGAAAUGGACAUUGCCGUGCUUCAGCAAGUGGAGGAACUGGAAAGGAAGGUUACUGCUGCCAGCCUGCAGGUCAAGGGCUGGACCCAUCCUGAUCCUCAGUCCGAGCGGGAAGAUCUGGUGUAUUACGAGCACAAGCCCCUCACCAGAUCGGGCCCCGUGUCCUCAUCAUCAAACGGGGGAGACAAGGACGGCAAGGAUCAUCCUGAGGAGCGGGGGGAGAAGGGCGGGGUGAUACGUCACCCAGACAACCCUCUGGACAUAGCAGUGACCCGUCUGGCCAAUCUGGAGCGCAACAUCGAGAGAAGGUACCUGAGGAGCCCCUUAGGUACCACCAUUCAGAUCAGGCUGGAUAAUGUGGGUACGGUCACUGUCCCUGCCCCCGCACCAUCCGCUAGUGCUGACAGGGAAGGUGGCGAAGAGGAAGUGGCCCAUGGUAUGAAGGUGUGGAGGAAGGCCCUGACUGAAGUGCGCAGUGCCGCCCAGCUAGCCAUGUGUAUCCAGCAGCUACAGAAGUCCAUCGCUUGGGAGCGUUCCAUCAUGAAAGUGUACUGUCAGAUGUGCAGGAAGGGAGACAAUGAGGACCUCCUGCUCCUGUGUGACGGCUGUGACAAAGGCUGCCACACUUACUGUCACAAACCCAAAAUCACCAGCAUCCCCGAGGGCGACUGGUACUGCCCGGCCUGCAUCACUAAGGCAAGUGGUCCAACCCCCAAAAGCAAGAAACCUCCAUGCAAACCAGUAGCAUCCAGUGUGGCAGCAGGGAAGAAAGGCGGUGAUGCCAAAAAGAACGGGAAGCAUGCCGGAAAUGGGGAGGUGUCUGAGGAUGAACCGGCCAGCGCCAGCAGCACGCCCAAGAAAAGUUCAAAAGACAACAGUCGGAAUAGGAAAAGUGAGGAGGGUUUAAAUACUCUGCCGGGACCAAAUCAGGAAAGCCCCGUGUGUGUCAAAAGAGCAAAGACUGCUCGAGACAACAACAGGGACUUGGGCUUAUGCAGGGUUCUCCUUGCUGAGCUGGAGCGACAUCAGGACGCCUGGCCUUUCCUCACACCCGUUAACCUCAAGUCAGUCCCCGGCUAUAAGAAAGUCAUCAAAAAGCCCAUGGAUUUCUCCACCAUACGUGAGAAGCUCGUGAGCAGCCAAUAUCAAAACCUGGAGACUUUCAUCAUUGAUGUCAAUUUGGUGUUUGACAACUGCGAAAAGUUCAACGAGGACAAUUCUGACAUUGGUCGAGCCGGUCAUAACAUGAGGAAAUUUUUUGAGAAACGCUGGACUGAACUUCUGAAACAAACAAACUAAAUUCAGAGUAAAAGAAAAACAACAUCAUUCUCCUCAUCCUCAUUGAACACAUUUGACUUUCAUAUCGGGGCAGCAGGUUUUAAUUUCAUUCUUGGGGGAGAACGUGGCUUUGCCAGCAGGAGAGAUCGAUGCCACCUUGAAAUCCGAGUUGUUACAUGAACUGCGCUGGAUUUAUUACAACAGGGAUCCAAAACCCCAAAGACUCCAAGAGAAAUGGGGUACUGUAGUGCAAUACCACUCCCUGUGUCAGAACACUGCACUGAAUGAAUCCUCACUGAUGUGUCUGCGCUAGAAUACUUUCCACUACCUGUAAAUAGAUGUUUUUGUUAUUUAAUCGUAUUAUAGUGAAUGUAUUUAAUUUUGUAAUGAUUAUUUAUGAAUCAAGGUCCACUUCAUUUUCUAUGAAAAGGAAGACUCGGCGUAACCACUUUUGAAUCGAAAAAGGAAUGUGUCUGUGUUCUAAUUUUUUUUUCUUCACCCAAAUAUCAAACAAAGCCAAGAAAAAAAAAAGCUGUUUACACUGUUCAGUGCUUUGGGCGUCAGAGGACUGUCUUCAUUUGUUCAAACUGCAUUUAUUCACAGGAACAGCAGAGAGGGACAAUUACAUUGAUGAUUCAUGUGUAUAUACUGUUUAUUAAUGUCAAUAUUUUGUCUUGUUUGAAACGAUGUGUACAAAUGGUUUAAGAAUAUUAAGAUAUUGUUUAUGCCUUAGAAUGAUUGUAGCAUUCUAUUUUAGUGAACGUGAUGAAAACAUGAUAAAUAUUGUUUGUACAGUAUAUACAUAUCCUCUGCAAACACUGUGGUAUCCUUAAUCUUGGUAGUGCCUACCCUUCCAACAGGGGCAUGUAGGGGAUGUUAAUUGUUCUUUGUUUUUAUGACAUGUCUUUUUUUUUUUUUUUAAAUAUGAUUUCAAUCCAACAAGGCCUCCAAAGUUGGACAGUGACACAGACAUCAUUCCUCACCGUUGAAACGAAAACAAGGAACAAGCAUUGAGCAAUGCUUCCGUGGCGCAUUUCCUCACCGUCUGCCAGAGGACCUAAAGGCCAUUUGUAACCACUGUGUUGAACCUUGCUGUGUGUUGUGGCCUGAUGGAGGCAGCUAGAUUUUUUUGUACCAAGUCAAAAAGUACUUGAAGUUACUUUAUUUAAGAUAAUGUGGAAUAAAAGUAUCAUUCUUUUGUAGGAGCUUUAUUUUUCACUAGUGUGUGGCACGGACCUAUUAAAAGGAUGUUUUUCAAUGUAAAA